CAUUAGACGUAAAGUGGGUUUGGUAUGCGCGGAUCGCCAAGCAUCGACUCUCGCCGAUCGCUUUGGAAUGCCCUUCUCCGGCAACCCUGUCCCUUGUGAUAUAUUUAUAUUAUCAAGUUGUCACGGACAUAGUGAUUCAUCCAUUUUGAUCGCAGCUGGGUGGUAUAUAACCAAAAAAGACGAUGGGGAAAGAGGAAACAUCUUUUACCGAGUCGCUGAGCGAAGACCAGUCGACAGCGAGCGCAAGUAACAAUAUCAACGGGCGGGUCGUUGCUGCGUGCGAUAGCUUGGUGAUGGCGGUUUGGGAUUUUAGUGAGGCAUUACGUACGGGAAAAAUUGAUAUUUUGGAUGUUUUACUGAUUGCUUGGCUUGUUUUAGCCACUUGUGUGUUCCUUGGAUUUACAAUUUACGAGAAUAGCAAGAAGAAAGAGGAGAAACUUGACCAAAAGGGCAGGAAAAGACAAGGAAUAAGUAAUGGUGUCCGCGGAGAUGUCUUCAAUUCAGCGGGGAGCUCCUUGACACACAGCGGGCUACCGUCGGCAGGGCGAGAUAGCACAGAUGGUGGUGACCAGUACGAAUGGCUGAAUUCGGUGGUUGCUUGGCUUUUCACUCAACAUUCUCAGCAGUCCCCAGGCCAAAUUGCUUCUUCCUGGCUUAAAGCACUCAACGAUGAAUCUAAGAAACAUGGCAGCUCAGUACAAGUGACCUUUGACAGGAUUAAGCCAGGAAGCACGCCCCCAAAGUUCCAGAAUGUCCAAGCAGUUGCAGGUCAAAAAGAUCAUUUGAUAGUGACGUGUCAGUUAGAAUCAACUGGGUUUGGUUUCAUAGUGUUUGCAACCCAGCAAACAGCUGCCAGUGUCAAACUAUCUACCUGUGAUGUCAGUGUCAACAGACUUUCUGGAAAGCUUAAAACUAAGGUUCGUUGUCAGGUGCGUGGACUUGGUGAGGAAUGGCACCUGACAGCAAACUGGGACAGAAGACCUGAUCUUCAACUCAACAUCAAACCACAAAAGAAUUCAAACACAAGGCAAAAUGAUGGAGUUGACCUUGUCAUCGUGGAGGAGAUUCUCCGCAAUGCCAUCAUGGCCGCCACCUUUAACUUCUCGCUGCCCAUGAGGGCGCUACCUAGAGAUAUCAUAACUGCCACCAAUGCCAUCCAUACGAACACAGCCAGACCAACAUAUCCUUCCAUGAGUAACAACACAAAUCGAAUGCCUCAAGCCGUACACCACACACCCAUCGUACCCUCCAGUACCAACCACGUGUCAUCAAAACCGCCUGCCAUGGCAGAAACACGCCUCUUAGUCAAAGUAAUCAAAGCCAAUGGUUUGUUGGUUCGGAGUGGAGGUAGCAGCAGCAGCAGCGACCCAUAUUGCAUUGCCAUGCUAGAUCAACCGCCUCAGAGAUACAAGACAAAUACCAUCGUUAAUACUACCAAUCCAUUCUGGGAUGAACACUUCUUGUUUCAACUAAAUAAUAACUCAAGGGAACUACGCUUUGAAGUAUGGGACAAGGGAAGCGAAAAAGGAAGUGAUGAUUUGUUCUUUGGUGAGGCUCAGGUGCCGGUGGAUUCUCUGGAGCACAUGCGAGGUAGCAGACAUAUUUUACCAUUGAGUGGAGUAACGGGGGAUGGAGAGACCGUCAAAGGGUCUCUUACUGUAUGGUUCCUAUUCAUGGAGUCGGCAGAGCAGAACACUGAGAUCAAACCAAGACAACCCGUCUCACCCACCAAGAGAGUAGAGACGUCAAGAAGCAUUGCCCCUGACGGUACAGUUAUCACCAUGGUAACAACGACAACAGCCAAACCCAAGCCUGGGGAGAGGAGAUCUGGAUCUAACGAAGCACCAAUGAGGGUUGUCACAACGGCAGCAUCCCUUCCCACCCCCCAGAGACCGGGGGUAUAUCCGGACGGCGAGGGCGGGAUGGAUAGAUCUCAUCAUUCUACCGGAACUCAAUCUUUGGAUGUACCAAGGCAGAGAACAUCUUCAGCUACUCAGACUCCUGGUCCAAGCAUUAUAAUCAGAGAAACCAGGCAAGAAUCAAGCACGCCCCCAACGGAAAGAAGUUCACGCUCCGUAGCUGAUGCAGCGAUCAGACAUCUCUCGGAGUCGGCGGAUAACAAACAAAAAACACCAACAAAGAAAAGUACCCUCAUCAUCCAUGGUGUCUCACAGGCAAAAUCACAACCUACAUUUCUUGUUUCUAAGACUCCGAAUGUGGAUCUCUCAACUCUGAGCGAUGAACCGACAGAAAGCAAUUUCAAGAGAGAUGCAUCACCGAACCGCAGCAAGCGAGGCUUCAAGCUUUUCAGGCGGCGGAGCAAGAAGGAGAAAGCGAUGAGAAGCGUUAGCCUGGAUGAAUCUGAUCUGGACAGGGCCCGCCAGCAGGCUAUACGAAGCUCAGAGGGAACUUCCACCCUACCAUUACCUGAUCAUAGAACUAAUACAUUGGAGGUGCCUAGCCCAGAGACACAUGAACCUAUUAGUGCUGAAUCCUCACCAAGGAGAAGUAAGAGGAAACUGUUUGGUUUCUUGAAGCGUCAGAAGAGUAAAGAGAGGCAGUACAGCUCACAGGGUAGCUUACAACCUAAAGCAGCCAAGGGUAAAGCCCAACCUGUCGUCCAUAGACAGAAUCUUACAGUACCAUCGGGACAACCUAGGUCAGCUAGUACAGACUGUAUCAACGAUGGAAGAACACAUACAGGGGACAUAGGAAUCUAUGGCGAGUUUGAGCUUCGUAGGCCGUCUGUGGAUGAUACAGAGAGUAAUGUAUCGGGUACUAGCUCCAGAGCGGACAAACAACAACCCAUCUCAACGGUGUGACACGCAGACAGA